CUUCAUUCUUCGCUCCGCCCAAGAACGUCAACUGCCGUCCCUCACAACCCGUCAAUCCCGCGGGGGACUCACAAGGCUCUCAGCUAUCACUCCCCCCCAAUUCCGAGGACUUGUCCCGCCUAUUAUUAUUGUUUCCGGCAGUCGCCCAGUCACCACCACCACGGGUGCCGAAUAGCCACCAGAGCCACUAAGCACCGCUCGCUGUUCGUCGCUGUCUCGCUCAAAGCCGCGAUUCUUGACCCGAACCCACCAAGUAAUUCCGCGAACGCCCCUUUGCCGCUGCACCCAAAAAGCCAAGUUUUCUCCAGACCCCAGAUCCUCUAUAUUUCCUCGAUUCUCCCAAUUGCCGGUCUACAAGCCUUGCUGUGAUCCUGGACGUCCUAGACUUCUUUUAAAUCCUGCGCCUGCUCACUCUCAACCUCUCUCACAUUACAGUUUUGUAUUUGCCCAAGUCAAAAAACGACUCUCUCGCCCGACACUCCACGUGAGAAAUUCUGUCCCAAGGUUUCCAUUCCCAACGGCGACGAACCACCCCCCGAUAAGGCCUCAUCUAGCCCCAUCUGCCAUCCGCCAUACCGACUGAUUGGGCCUCCAUCCGAAUCGCCCCUGCCCUCGCGCUCUGCCCCCCUCAUCUCCCAGCUGCAACGCGACGCCCAGCCCACACAAGGGCAAAAACAAAAAAAAAGAGGGAACACCACAGCCUGCGCAGUCUACCCCACCGAGCCACCCAACCCAGGUGCACACCCUGCACAUCUGCACACCGUACCGAGUAAUCUUGGCCACAUCAGGCCACAUACAGUUCGCGGCCGCCCAAAGUACCCGUCGAGCCCGUAUCUCCACGCUGUCCAAUUGCUCACCACUGAGCGGCUGCGGUCGUAUAUAAGCAGCGUCGCUCUGCUUCUUUCGGACACCUCUUUUUUACACUUUUCGAACCCAUUCGCAGACCUAAUGUCCACUGAGCCUCAUCCCAUACACAUCCCCACCAUGGCUCAGGUCGACACCCUGGACAUUAUUGUCCUCGUUUUGCUGCUUCUCGGCAGCAUCGCCUACUUCACCAAAGGCACCUAUUGGGGCGUCCCCAAGGACCCCUACGCCACAUCUGCCCUCAAUGGCAGCGCUUCCAAGAAGGGUUCCCGCAACAUCCUCGAGAAGAUGGAGGAGUCGGGCAAGAACUGCGUCAUCUUCUAUGGCUCCCAGACUGGUACCGCCGAAGAUUAUGCCUCCCGCCUGGCAAAAGAGGGCCACGCUCGGUUUGGAUUGACCACAAUGACUGCUGACCUGGAAGAUUACGACUAUGAAAACCUGGACAAAUUCCCCGAGGACAAGGUUGCCUUUUUCGUCAUGGCAACCUACGGCGAGGGCGAGCCGACCGACAACGCAGUAGAAUUCUGGGAAUUCAUGAACCAAGAUCCUCCUUCCUUCUCCGAAGCCUCUGAAGAUAAGCCUCUGGGUAACCUCAAAUAUGUUGCGUUUGGUCUGGGUAACAACACGUACGAGCACUACAACUCCAUGGUCCGCAACCUGGACAAGAUCUUGACCAAAUUGGGCGCGGAGAGAAUCGGUGCUGCCGGCGAAGGGGAUGAUGGCGCUGGUACCAUGGAAGAAGACUUUUUGGCCUGGAAAGAACCCAUGUGGGCUGCUCUGGCCGAGAAAAUGGGUCUGGAAGAACGUGAAGCCGUCUACGAGCCAGUCUUCAGCGUGGAAGAGAGAGACGAUCUGUCCCCAGAAAGCGACACUGUCUAUCUCGGAGAGCCCAACAAGAACCACCUCGAGGGUGCCCAGAAAGGCCCAUACAAUGCUCACAACCCGUUUAUUGCCCCAAUUGCCGAGUCCAGGGAGUUGUUUACCGUCAAAGAUCGAAACUGCCUCCAUUGCGAGAUCGAUGUGUCUGGUUCCGGCAUCUCUUACACCACCGGCGACCAUAUCGCAGUUUGGCCCACGAACGCAGGCUUGGAAGUGGAUCGACUGAUCAAGACCUUCGGUCUGGAAGAGAAGAGACACAAGGUAAUCAGCAUGAAGGGCAUGGACGCAACCGCCAAGGUACCCUUCCCAACCCCAACGACCUACGACGCCGCUGUUCGCUAUCAUAUGGAAAUCUGUGCCCCUGUUUCUCGUCAGUUCUUGGCCACGCUGGCUGCAUUUGCUCCCAACGAGGAAGCAAAGAAGGAGAUGGCGAAACUGGGAUCCGAUGCCGACUACUUCAAGGAAAAGGUUGCCUCGCAGAUGAUGAACAUUGCCCAAGCUGUCUCGGCUGUCCACCCGGGGCCUUGGUCCGCGGUGCCGUUCUCUUGCCUUGUUGAGGGUCUCAACAAGCUGCAACCUCGUUAUUACUCCAUCUCUUCGUCUUCGCUGGUUCAGCCACAGAAGGUCGCCAUUACCGCUGUGGUGGAAUCCAUCCGCGUCCCCGGUGCCGGUCACGUUGUCAAAGGUGUCACUACCAAUUAUCUUUUGGCCUUGAAACAGAAGCAAAAUGGAGACCCCGACCCAUCACCUCACGGCCUGACCUACGCCAUUACUGGACCCCGCAACAAGUACGAUGGUAUUCAUGUCCCAGUUCACGUUCGUCACUCCAACUUCAAACUGCCAUCAAACCCGAGUAAACCCAUCAUCAUGGUCGGUCCUGGUACUGGUGUUGCUCCUUUCCGAGGUUUCGUGCAAGAACGUGUAGAGCAAGCCAAGAAAGGUGAGGACGUCGGACACACGGUGCUCUUCUACGGUUGCCGUCGAUCGACCGAAGACUGGCUUUACAAGGACGAGUGGGAGGAAUACAAGAAGAUUUUGGGCGAUAAGCUGACCAUCUUCAACGCAUUUUCUCGCGAGACUUCGAAGAAGGUCUACGUGCAACAUAUGCUCAAGGACAACGCGAAACUGGUCAACGAACUACUACAACAGAAGGCCAAUUUCUACGUUUGUGGUGAUGCUGCUCACAUGGCUCGAGAAGUCAACGAGGUCCUCGGCCAGAUCAUCGCUGCUGAGCGCGGAGUGGAUGAGAAGAAGGCCGAACAAGUGGUCAAGAGCAUGCGCAGCAGCGGAGUGUACCAGGAAGACGUCUGGUCGUAAACAACCACACUGAGCCGAACACUUCGAGACACUCUGGUGGAAAGAUCGGGUGCUGUGCAGCUGGUCGGGAAGGAUCCAAUGCAGCCGACGUCCGACAUGCAGUCGAGCUUCGGCUUUGCAUUAUUCGUGCGCCGAAGAGUCAUCGCACACCAAAAAAUCGGGGGAGGCAUCGGAACCGGCGGGAUAAACGCGGCGGGGUGGAUGAUGCGCAGACGAAAAGAAAAAACCAACCACAAUUGUGUCACCGAGGAGAGAUCUGUCCCUCCGGAGACGUUCCCCCAGUCCUGGUUCGAAGAUCGGAAGGGCAACCUGGAAAGAAUCGGAAAGGUUCAGCUGUUCACAUGGUCACAAUCUCGCCAACUUGUUCGUGGGGUUUGGAUUGGAGCCAAUGUGGGGUUGCGAUGGCUUUCCGCGCCUUCGGAGAGAACAGGGUCGCCACCAGAACAAGAAGCACCGUCUCGCCCGGCCAAGGUUCUCGACUCGUUCCGCGCGCUUCUCCUUGGUCCAUUUCCUCGCCCCCCGGGGAUCAGUCUUUACCUCCCUCGCUGGCUUUAUCGAAUCCCCCUCCUUCAAGGUGUUCUUGGUUGUGGGGCACGAGAUCAACAGGACUGAUUGUUCAUGUUCACUUGUUAAUGACCUUUUUUCUUUUUGAAUGCAAUGGGCGUCAAAACGGGAGUUUUAGACUGGUGGCGAAACUAGACAGUCUUUGGGGUUGGGCUUUGUUUGCCUCUUUUCUUCCAUGCCGGGAACCGUUUGUUUUGUGAUGGCCGAGACAGGAGAGAAGGAUGUUGGCUCUGCGCUGGUUUUCUCACGAGCUUUGCUCGGGCAGGAUCGAUCGAUGCUUUGCGUGCUCUCUGCUUUUGGGGAGGGUGCUUCUUUCUCGAUGCGCGCCGAAGUUGGUUUGGAGGGCAGACUAGAGCAGAGCAGAGCAGAACAGAGCAGAACAGAACAGAACAGAGAAAGUUCGAACUCAGACCCUCACAAAUCACCGAAUAAAUGUCAAAGAGAUUCAAGAGAGAGAAAAAACCCAUCCCUCUACAUUUCCUUUCUGCGUGAGAAUUCAUGAUGGAACCAAGCACGAAAACUAAACAACUCC